AUGAGAGGCCCGACAGUUCUCAAGGCCGAGGAUGAUAAGACACGACAGUUGAACAAGCACACAUUGAUGGCCUUCUCUGGCGAGUCUGGAGAUACCGUUCAAUUUGCCGAAUACAUCCAAGCCAACGCUGCACUCUACAGCAUGCGCAACGACACCGAGCUCAGUCCCUCCGCCGUCGCCAAUUUCGUCCGCGGAGAAUUGGCACGCAGCUUGCGGUCACGGAGUCCCUACACAGUAAACCUGCUGCUAGGUGGUAUAGAUCCAGUCACUGAGAAGCCUCACCUGUACUGGGUUGAUUAUCUAGCGUCACUGGCGCCCCUACCAUAUGCUGCCCACGGCUAUGCCCAAUACUACUGCCUCGCUAUCCUUGACAAACACCACCACCCCGACUGCUCCCUCGAGGAGGGCCUUGCGCUCCUCACCCUGUGCACAGACGAGCUGAAGCGCAGACUACCAAUUGACUACAAAGGCAUGCUGGUGAAGGUCGUGACGAAGGAUGGUGUGAAAGAAAUCCCUGUGGAUAACGAUAAGGUGGUCCGGAGUGCUUGA